AUGAGCCAGUUGACUGCCAUUUUGUGUCCCAGACUAAUUCCUGGAAAGUUGGCUUCGGGUGGCGCUUCCGCCGCUCUUAUUGAGGACAUAAAGAAAUGGCCGUAUCAAGCAGCUCAGAUAAGUUGCCAUGAUUUGUUGGCAACGAGCUCCUAUUGCGAGGGCUCUGGCGAAGUGAUUAUAAUUGAUAUAAACAGCAUGCAGUUGGUGCAAACAUUACAUGGCCAUGCUUCACCGGUAACAUCUGUUCAGUGGAAUCCGACGUCGCCUUCGUGCUCACAUCAGGGGUUGUUACUUUUUACGGGCGACCGAACGGGUGUUUUGAAGGUAUGGAACGUCACGGAAGGUACGACUGUCAACAGUGUCCAGCUUCCUAGCAACCGUCCCAUUUGCGCAAUAUCCCUUGUGACGAAGAAGCGUAUCCUUGUGGUGACGCAAGACUCUUCCUGUUUUGUAUACGACUCGCAUCUUUCGAGCAAUGACCCAUGCGAUGACCCUCAACUAACUUUUGCACUCGGAACUAACGAGAAGUUCAUCCCACUUUGCGUGCGCACAUCGAAACUUAGUGAAUUUUGGACCUCCUGUGUUGUUCUUGGUGACCGAAUUGGUAUGAUUUACUCUCAGGAUCAGGACCGGAAUGGGAAAAGCCCCCGUGCAUGUGUGAAGAAUUUGGUAUUCGAAAGCACGGACGGUUUUGAAACUGUCGUGGACGCUGUGUUUAGCGAGUCUCAGGAGGGGCUCCUGUACUUUGCUACGAGAAACUCAGUGGGCGUCUAUGACUGCAGGGCAAACUUGCUUCUCGAUGAGAACGUGUUACGAUACAGCGCGGGUGAUGGUGAAUUCAGACGCAUUUUCUCUUCUGCACCGAGCACACUGACUGAAGAUACGCAGCAGCUUCCACUUUUGUAUUCGUAUGGAUCAAACCAGCGACUCACUGCGUGGUACCUGCUACGUGUGGGCAAGGCAACGAGUGUGUCUACUGAUGUCAGGGGUGCGCGUAUUGCGUCAAAGGUGGCAACAAAUGUUAUCCAGUCUCUGUCAGCACCAAAUGUUUUUGCCGUCAUAUUUUCUGAUGGAUCUGUGGCACGGUGGCGGUACAGGGUGGAUUGCCGACGGUGGGUGAUCGACAGUUAUUUUUCCGCCGCUCUAAAGAAGCCCACCGGGUUUUGCGUACUUGGCGACAACACGCUGUGCUGUGCCCUGGAGGCAGGUUACUUGGCCCUGGUUGAUGUGGCACACAGCAACGCCCUGAGACGAAUAAAUUUUGUUAAUACAAGCAACACUCAUAUCAUACUUCUCGCGCCGCACAGUUCUAAGGAAUGUGUGUGGGUGGUGACGAAUAAGGCUGAGCAGUCUAAACAACAUCACCAGGUGACAUUGUUUGACUGUCACAGCGGUGUGGUGCUCCAAGUGCUGCGUGAGCCCAAGUACUCUGAUGCUACACGCAUGAAGAAUAUCACGCAAGACGCGACUGGGACGUUCCUGCUUUUAACUUUCUUUGGCGGCACGUUCGAGGUUUGGAACAUUACAGAAAGCCGCAUCAUUUACUCCUAUGAAGGGACAGGGGUGGCGAGUGCCUCCUGGGCUCCCCAAAUCUUUACACCCGUCCUAGCGGGUUUGAAGGGGGCUCCAGAGCUCCUUUUGAUUGUUUUUUCAGAUGGUUCCAUGAGUUUCUGGACAGUGUCGUGGGAUCAAGUGGUUCCAAACCGCGACGCGGUCCCGAGGUUUCCCAACGGGUCGUCUACCCGGGUGUUAUGUACUCCAACAAGGGAUGCUUCCGUCGUUGUUGACGGCUCUGGUGCGGUGACUGUUGUUGGCGUGGGAACGUCUGGGUUGCAUGUGCGAUCACUGAAGGAUAUCCCCGCGGCGAAGACUGCAAUUGCAUUGGCCGUAUCAAAGGGCGGAGGUGGAUCCGAUAACAAAGGGGAACCCUCCGACGCAGGAAAUUGGUCAGAGGAGUAUCUUGCGGUCGUUUUUUCGGAUGGCUCCUUCGGCGUCUGGAGUAUAUCCAGUCAAGAACGCAUGGGAUAUUCCAAGAACACAGACAUCAACCUGAAGGCGCGUGGGGCAACGUGGUUGGGAGAUGCACUUCUCCUUCUAACCCUAACCGGUAACAUUGUAGUGGUUGACAAGUUACUCACCAGUAUCAAUAGUAGUGUGUUCAGUAAGGCAUUGAGACGGCCACUCCAGAACAGUGCCUUUUUUGUUCCGGAGCAUCGGAUGUACAUUCAAACAGUGCUGGAGACCCAAGUCGCAUGCUCAGCGGUACCCUCUGAAGUUCGACCCUCAAGUGAUAUCUGUCCAAGUUGCCUAAUUCGGGGCAUUAAUCCUGAGCGGUUUCCGUGUCGCGGUCCUUUUGGACAGGUGAUCACCGCCGCCAUUUCCUCUUUGACACGUGAACUGGAUCUUUACAGGAAGACGAUGGUACCGAGGUAUAUUUACGAGGGGAUACAACAUGCGUUUACACAGAGUCGUACUGAUGAGAUUGCCCUUUGGGUAGCUCGUUUUUUUGGUCAACAGGAGAGACAGCGUCUGUGGAUGCAGUUCUGCUUGAGGCGCGGUCUUAACUGUAGCGGCGCUGAGGCUGGUGGCGAUGGUGGUCAGCAGUCCAAGUCUGUUGAACGAUGGAAGGGAGGUCCAGAAGUUGGACCCCCAGUACCUUAUUACUGCGCGGAUCGCUUUUCUGAAGUUUCCGCGGCAUCCGAGGUAGUUUACAACAACCAUGUCUACAUGAACGAACGCCGUGCUGAGGCGCUUGAAGCGUCUAAAGGGAAGGAGAUUGACGUGUUUUCACAACGGUUUCUCACUGCGCGCGAGUUGUUGAAGCUUCAGCAGCCACAAAAAGCUAUAGAUGUCCUCAUGGACGUCAGUCAUGAAGACAACCGGUUUCCUCACCUGUCAGAUUUUGCUGUGGCUAUCUCUGCAUCGGUUGCUGCCCUCAGUGGACCAGCUUCGGAGCUUUUGACACUUACAACAAGCCGGGUGGCUUCUCUUCUGCGAGCUCGGGGUGACUUAGACAGUGCCGUCGAUAAGUACAUGCUGUCGGGCCACUUCUAUGAAGCAGUGAAAGCUUUGCAGCUUUCGGGCAAGUGGGGUGAGGGUGCUGUGCUUGCAAAACUUUCUCCCCUUCCAGUCAAGCAGCAACGAGAUCUUAUCUGCCGAUGGUGUUCGCACUUGGUCAGGCACGGUCAGGUAAUGGAAGCGGCAGUAAUGUUGGCUUCGCAGGCCCUUCCGUUUCAGGUGCUCGUUUUGCUUAGUGAGUCUUCCCAGUUUGAAGACAUUGCCGGUUUGCUGGCUAUGGUAUUGUUGGAGGAUCCCUCCUUCAACACACGAGAAUCCUUGCAGGAACCGAUUGUACUUCCAGUGGCGGAAGAUGACUCCUCUGAUGCCUUAACACUGGGAGAAGUAUUACUGAACGUCCUGGUUGAUUACGCAAACAUGCUGAACACCGUCGGGAACGUUGUUUCUGCCAAAGCGGUGUUGGAAUACGUUACCUCUUUGAAAGGCAGGAACCGGGGGAUAACUUCCACCUCCACCUAA